GCCCGGGCCGGGCAUGGUGUUGGGCGCCGGGCCCCCCUCGCCUGUCUGCGAGUGCCCAGGGUAAAGGCAGCAGUAAUGCUAACGCUGGCAAGCAAGCUGAAGCGCGAUGAUGGUCUCAAAGGGUCUUGGUCUUCAGCCACAGCAUCGGAUUCCACUCGGAGGGUUUCUGUGAGAGACAAGUUGCUUGUUAAAGAGGUUGCAGAACUUGAAGCUAAUUUACCUUGUACAUGUAAAGUGCAUUUUCCUGAUCCAAACAAGCUUCAUUGCUUUCAACUAACUGUAACCCCAGAUGAGGGUUACUACCAGGGUGGAAAGUUUCAGUUUGAAACUGAAGUCCCCGAUGCGUACAACAUGGUGCCUCCCAAGGUGAAAUGCUUGACCAGGAUCUGGCACCCCAACAUCACAGAGACAGGUGAAAUUUGCCUAAGUUUACUGAGAGAGCACCCGAUCGAUGGCACUGGCUGGGCUCCCACACGAACACUGAAGGAUGUUGUUUGGGGAUUAAACUCUUUGUUUACUGAUCUUUUGAAUUUUGAUGACCCACUGAACAUUGAGGCUGCAGAGCAUCACCUGCGGGACAAGGAGGACUUCCGGAACAAAGUGGACGACUACAUCAAGCGCUAUGCCAGAUGAUGAAGGGGACGCGUGCAGGCUCAUGGACUGGACGCAGCUUGUCUCCAACGUGAAGUAGCAAGAGGUGGCCCCUUCGCUCCCCAUCCUCAUGUUCCCUCAGCCCCUCUGGAUUGUCCCAGCCCUGUGACCAUGUUGUCCGAAGGAGAUCAUCCUCAUGACUGCCCAUUGUAGAUGGAGAGUUCAACAUAAACACAGCAAGAACACGUGUCUGGGCUUCUAAAGAGUUGUCUGCUUACCUUAACAUGUUUACUUUUUUGAAAUUGUACUGUAUAGGUUGUUGGUGAAAUUCUUGAAAGUUGUAAUGAACUCAAAAUUGAGGCUAGAGCUUGCUUACCCUUUCCCCAAACAAAAUUGGUUUCCUGCA